GCCUCUCUGCUCUUGGCGCAUCGACCGCAGGGCCGUUUGCUCGUCAUCCUGGGAAGUGGCAAGCUAGCAGCAUCUCGUGCCCGUACCGCCAUAGAAGUUGGGGCUAUCCCUCUCGUCGUACCUUUGGAGACGGGCGAUACUGGCUGCACUGAGAUACAGGAGGGCGUACGAGCGGGCCGUGUGAGUUGGAAGGAGCCACCUGGCGGCGAGCAGAAUAGCACCGAGUGGGGGGAAUGGUUGGACGAUGUAGAUGGAGAGGAGAAUAAGGUCUUCGCACUCUGCGUAACCGAUACGCUUCACUCCGGGGAUGAGGAUGCGGCGCAACAUCAUCACACCAGCUGCUCCUCCUCGUCGUUGUCAUCACUGGACCGAGCCACACUCCUCGCCCAACUAUGCCGACGUCGCCGAAUACCCAUAAACGUAGCCGACAGGCCAACGUUGUGCGAUUUCUCAUUUCCGGCAACUCAUCGAUUCGCCCUCUCCUCCUCGCAGCAAGGAGGGAGCGUCGCCGCCUCGCCCCUUCAAAUUGCAGUCACCACCAAUGGGCGCGGGUGUCGGCUGGCUGGAAGGAUCAGGAGGGAAAUAGUGAGCGCCCUGCCUAGGAAUGUGGGGGAUGCGGUGCAAAGGGUGGGGCAGAUGAGGGAUUUGGCAAAGGGAAACUCGGUGUCGCAGGUCUCCGUGUCCUCUGCCGCCGGUAGCCAAGGAGCGAGAGACUAUAUCAGCGCAAAGCCUCAGCCUCAGCCUCAGCUCACCUCUCGCGCCGCAGCUACGGGCACGGCAGCCGUACAGGAGGACGACCUGAGCUUUGACUCCACACCGCUCAACAGCCCCGUUCCGCAACUUAGUCGCGCCAACAGUAGGGCAGACCUGACUGCCCUUGCUACGCACCUCAGCUCGGCAGUCAAUGGAGGCGGCAGCUCUGCGCGCCAGCAGCAACGAGAAGAAGAGGAGCGCGCCGCCGCCGCCGCCGUCGAGCAGACGAAGCGCCGCAUGCGCUGGGUUGCGCAGAUUUCAGAGUACUGGCCUAUAGAGUAUCUGGGAGGCAUGAGUGAGGAGCAGAUGCAGGGGGUGUUGCGAUCCUUUGACGAGAAGAAGCGGGGUGGUAGUGGUGGACAAGGAGCUCCACAAGGCGAGGUCCAAGCCCAAGCAAAUGGCCAUGGCCACCACAUCGACGCCGACGAGGACGAGCGCCGCGGUCGCUCCAUCCACGCAUCCACCUCUCGCGCGCAUCGUGCCCGCUCGCAACAUUCCCUCUCUCUCCUCCCACCUCCACCCCCUCUCUCCUCCCAAUCCAAGGGUCAAAUCUACCUAAUAGGCUCAGGGCCCGGUCACCCCGGCCUCCUAACCUCCUUGGCCCUCUCCCUCCUCACCUCCCCCUCGACCCACCUAAUCCUCAGCGAUAAGCUGGUCCCAGCCCCCAUCCUUCGGUUGAUCCCGAGCAGCACCCCUCUGGUCAUCGCAAGGAAAUUCCCAGGAAAUGCAGAGGGGGCACAAAGUGAGCUCAUCGAGCUGGCUCUUUCUGCCGCUUUGAAGGAAGGAAAGAACGUCGUGCGCCUCAAGCAGGGGGAUCCAUUCGUGUACGGAAGAGGAGGGGAGGAGGUCCUCGCCUUUCGCCGAGCAGGGCUGCAGGUUACCGUCGUUCCCGGUAUCAGCUCUGCGCUUGCUGGCCCCUUGAUGUUGGGCCUUCCCGUCACCCAGAGGGGGGCGGCGGAUAGCCUGGUGUUGUGCACCGGUGUGGGCAGGGGAGGGAAACAGGUUCGUCUACCUGGGUACGAGAGGGGAAGGACCUUGCUUGUCCUGAUGGGCGUGGCAAGACUCGAGGCUCUACUGGACGUCUUGACCUCGCACGACUCCACAGGCCGUGCUGGAGGCAAGGCAUAUCCGCUGCACCUCCCCAUCGCUCUCGUUGAGCGAGCCUCUUCGCCUGACCAACGUCUCGUUGCCUCGACCCUCGAGGGGAUACGCGAGGCCCUCGACCACGUUGGGGAGCAACGUCCACCGGGAAUGAUGAUGAUUGGGUGGAGCGUUUUGAGCCUCAUGGGAGGCGAGGAGGGGAAUGUAGACGUUCUCGCGGACGGGGCUGAGGCAGGGGAUGGCGUGGAGGACGAGCACAAGGACAGGCAACGUGUGGAACGAUGGCUCGACGUUGAAGCCGUGCGUGGCGGGCGCUACGUUCUUCGCGAGGGGUUGGACGCCGUCUAUUCGCAGAGUUUGAGG